AAGUAGACACCGCUUGCGAUUCGGACGUUUAAAUCAUUGGUUGCGGUUGUGAGAAUCGGAUGAAAACCGAGUGAAAUAAAUAAACCGGUUGUGUUCACAUUUCCACUUCUGUGGAUUCAAAAGAAAUUUUAAACAGAAAACAGCGAAUUACCAAAGAAAGGACUAUUAAUUAUUUGAUUUAAUAUUUUUAUAAAUUAAAGUAUAUAACUUUAAUAGUGAAUAUUAUUUAAACUUAACGAUUAUAAAAGACUCAACGAAAUAAAGUAUUAGAGCAAUAUGCCACCAAACGCAGUACCCAACUCACAAUCUAUAACAGAUUCCUUGGCUGCAACUGUAGCCGCAAAUGGAAACCCAAAGAAUUUACACGAAUCGUCGACUGGCGUUCUUUUCGAAUAUGAUGCCGAAACUAUUGAUGGUGGUUUGGUCAAAGACAUUGAAAAGUUAAAAAAAGCAGAAAAACGAAAACUGAAGUUAGUUUGGCGAAAUAUAAUUGCCUUUGGGUAUCUACAUCUCGCAGCUUUGUACGGAGCUUGGUUGUUAAUCACGUCAGCCAAAUGGCAAACUAUUGGUUUUGCUUUCUUCUUAUACGUUGUAUCCGGCUUAGGUAUAACAGCUGGUGCUCAUAGAUUAUGGGCACAUCGUUCGUAUAAAGCUAAAUGGCCGCUGCGACUCAUGUUGAUGAUUUUUAAUACUAUUGCCUUCCAAGAUGCUGCUUAUCAUUGGGCCCGUGAUCAUCGAGUACAUCAUAAAUUCUCCGAAACCGACGCUGAUCCACAUAAUGCAACGCGUGGCUUUUUCUUCUCUCAUAUUGGUUGGUUACUUUGUAAGAAACAUCCUGAAGUAAAGGCCAAGGGAAAAGGUAUGGACUUAUCUGAUUUGCGUGCUGAUCCCAUUUUAAUGUUCCAAAAGAAAUAUUAUAUGCUGAUAAUGCCAUUAGCUUGCUUCAUCAUUCCAACCACAAUACCAAUGUAUUACUGGAACGAAAGCUUCCUGAACUCAUGGUUUGUUGCCACAAUGUUCCGUUGGUGUUUUAUCUUGAAUGUAACUUGGUUAGUAAACAGUGCUGCACAUAAAUUUGGCGGUAAACCAUAUGACAGGCAUAUUAAUCCAGCGGAAAAUCGCUCAGUUGCUGCAUUUGCUUUUGGCGAGGGAUGGCAUAACUAUCAUCAUGUGUUCCCAUGGGAUUACAAAACCGCAGAAUUCGGUGAUUAUUCAUUGAACUUGACAACCGCUUUUAUUGAUUUCUUUGCCAAAAUUGGUUGGGCUUAUGACUUGAAGAGCGUAUCACCCGACAUUAUUGAAAAACGUGUAAGACGUACUGGUGAUGGAUCCCAUGCUACAUGGGGAUGGGGCGAUCAGGAUCAACUCAAAGAAGAAAUUGAUAAUGCUUUGAUAACGCAUCAAAAAAAAGAAUAAAUUAUAACCGAAGUGUAUGGGACGGGACGGGAGCGUUAAAAGUAAAUUGAUUCAAAAUACUGUUAGGUAUUCAUGCAAAAAUGUCUAUUUUAAUUUACUUAAAAUAGUGAAUAAAAGUGUUAUCCAAAAUAGCAAUUAGAAACUGAAAACCAUUACACUUGUUAAAGAAAUAAUUGUUUAAAUAA